UCGCACACUUCAUGUCGUUACCCAAAACGUUAUGUUUAUAUAUGUAUUUAGUUUGAAUUUAAAAAUUUAUUAGUAAGAAAGAUUUUAGGGAAAGGGAUUUGGGAGAGAUUUCUCUAGGAAGGCUCCUUUCCUCAUCUCUCUUCUUCAAGCUUGUCUCCUCUUUCUUCUUUUCUUCUUUCUUCUUCUUCCCCUCUCUCUUUCUGACUGCCCGCACGGUAACGUUGAAACGUUCGGAUUCCUGAACGGCCUCGCUUUGUUCUUCUUCUGAUGGGCGACGACAAAUCGGCUAUCGUUAUGGCCACCAGAGACAGAGAUCGGGAGCUUCUCAUCCCCGUCGCCGACUCCGGGGACGACCACGCCUCCUCAUCCAAGCCCUCCUCUUCUUCCUCUCCUUCCCACCAUGCGGGCCGAGAGACCUUUUACAAAGUCGUUAGGAGCUGGGCUUCAAAAAAGUUCAUGACUGGAUGUGUCAUCCUAUUUCCAAUAGCAAUUACUUUCUACCUAACAUGGUGGUUUAUUCACUUUGUGGAUGGCUUUUUCUCUCCUAUAUAUGCUCAGCUUGGAAUUGAUAUCUUUGGUCUUGGAUUUGUAACUUCAAUAACAUUCAUCUUUUUGGUUGGGGUGUUCAUGUCAUCAUGGUUGGGUGCAUCUAUCCUUGCACUUGGAGAGUGGUUUAUUAAGCGGAUGCCAUUCGUUCGUCAUAUCUACAGUGCCUCCAAGCAAAUUAGUUCUGCCAUAUCACCAGAUCAAAACACACAGGCCUUUAAGGAAGUAGCCAUAAUAAGGCAUCCACGUAUCGGUGAAUAUGCAUUUGGCUUCAUCACUUCAUCCGUCGUCCUCCAGAAUUAUUCUGGAGAGGAGGAGCUUUACUGUGUCUAUGUUCCGACAAACCAUCUUUACAUUGGAGAUAUAUUUCUGGUCAAUACCAAGGAUGUUAUCAGACCAAAUUUAUCAGUCCGUGAAGGAAUUGAAAUUGUUGUGUCUGGGGGCAUGUCGAUGCCUCAGAUCCUAUCGACCUUGGAUUCACAGGUUAUGUCAGUGGAUAGAAGUAGACUCAACAGAAGCUGAGAGUGAAGAUGUUAGAUGUAGUAGAGUUGUCUGUUUAGUAACUAGGUUCAAAUUCAGGUACCAAUCCGUUCACAAGGCAAGAAUCAGUGAUCAUUGAAGUGUGAAAUUUCAAUGUCUUAUGUAAAAUUGGUUCCUGUGUUGAAUAUGGAAUCUAGUGUUUGCUUGGAAAUAUAGUUUGGUUCAAAAUUGAGGCUCAUAGGCUGUUUGUCUUAGGAUUUCUUGUUUCUCCACGAGUAAAAUUUGCUUUGCUUAAAUUACCCUUCGGUGUGUACCGUAAAUUCCAUUGGAGGAUAUAUUUACCUUAA